GAUCCCGGUUGGCGAGAGGCCACAUUUCCGCUACGUGACCCGCGCAUGCGCCUGCUAGCUGGAGAGCGAGCGUCUUUUGACUCGAACACCUGCGGCGUGCCGAAGUUCCUCUUCUGCGUCCCGGUUCCGGGCGGUCAGCUGGGAGGUGGCUCCCGGAGGGACAGCCGUGCCUGGGGUCGGGGCCAGUGUUCGUCUCGGAGCUCCAGAGGUUCUGCUGAGAAGCGCGGCGGCAGCAAGACGACUUCUCCGGAGCCGCCGAGCUGGAGUUAGAGGUGGAGCUCAGUGGGGCCGGGCCCCAGGCUGCGGGGCAGCGGCUCCUGCAGGCGGAGGCCCCGGCGGAGAAUGAGCCAGAGCCGGAGGUGGUGGUGGUCUCCCGGCAGAGCGGUGGGAACGACAGCAAGCUGCGGUGGUUCACCACCUUGAUGCUGUGUGCCUCCUUCCUGGGGCUGGGAUUGAGUGUUGCUAUAGUGGGACCCACGUUUCAAGAUUUGGCAACAAAUGUGAACCGAAAUAUCAGUAGUCUGUCUUUCAUUUUUGUGGGUCGUGCCUUGGGAUAUUUGAAUGGCUCUGUGAUUGGUGGAUUUCUUGUUGAUGUCAUGAAUUAUUUUUUACUUUUGGGAAUCUCAAUGUUGGCUACCACAGUUGGUCUUUAUCUUGUUCCUUUUUGCAAGACAGCAAUAUUACUUACUGUCAUGAUGGCUAUCUUCGGUGUUUCAAUUGGCAUUCUGGAUACAGGUGGUAACGUCCUUAUCUUGGCUAUUUGGGGGGACAAAGGAGCCCCACAUAUGCAGGCCUUACACUUCUCUUUUGCCUUGGGUGCCUUUUUGGCUCCACUGCUAGCUAAACUGGCUUUGGGUCCGACAGCGUCUGCUGAAAACCACACAGAGUCUGAUUUCCAUCCUGCAAUCAACCGAUCAUCUGACGCUGACUCAGAAGCUCUGUUUGGAGUACCUAAUGAUAAGAAUUUACUGUGGGCGUAUGCUGUUAUCGGUAGUUACAUGUUCUUAGUUUCCAUCAUUUUUUUUGGUCUGUUUUUAAAGAAUAGCUCAAAGCAAGGAAAAGCAAGAGCAUCUGCUGAGACAUUUCAAAGAGCAAAAUAUCACAACGCCCUUCUUUGUCUCCUUUUUCUGUUCUUCUUUUUUUAUGUUGGAGCCGAGGUAACAUAUGGCUCUUAUGUUUUCUCAUUUGCAACCACCCAUGCUGGCAUGAAAGAAAGCGAAGCUGCUGGGUUGAACUCCAUCUUCUGGGGGACAUUUGCAGCCUGUAGGGGCCUAGCAAUCUUUUUUGCUACCUGUUUACAGCCUGGAACCAUGAUUGUAUUGAGCAACAUUGGCAGCCUGACUUCAUCAUUAUUUCUGGUGCUUUUUGACAAGAACCCAAUUUGUCUCUGGAUAGCAACUUCAGUGUAUGGGGCUUCAAUGGCAACCACGUUUCCGAGUGGUGUUUCUUGGAUUGAGCAGUACACGACCAUCCAUGGGAAAUCUGCAGCAUUUUUUGUAAUUGGUGCUUCCCUGGGAGAAAUGGCUAUUCCUGCAGUCAUUGGAAUUCUUCAAGGAAAAUACCCUGAUUUGCCUGUAGUUCUGUAUACCUCUUUGGGAGCAUCAAUAGCUACUGGUAUUUUAUUUCCUGUGCUAUAUAAAUUAGCCACUUCACCUCUUGAUCGCCAGCGAAAAGAAGACAGAAAGAGUGAGGACCAGAAAGCUCUGCUCUCUAGCUCCAGGCUAAAUGAAUAUGAGGAAGAGAAUGAAGAGGAGGAUGCAGAAAAAUGGAAUGAAAUGGAUUUUGAAAUGAUUGAAACGAAUGAUACAGUGAGGCAUUCUAUAAUAGAGACAUCUAGAAGUAGUUUGACGGAGCCCACAGCUGAAGUCUAUAAUCAAUACCCAUCAAAUGCACUGGUGUUUGAGUCUUCUUUUAAUACUGGCAGUUCCCAUGUGAAGCACUUGCCAGAAACCAGGACAAAAGGGACUAACAUUUAGAGAAGAUGGAUCACUCACUGACAAUUUUGAAUAACUGCCACUUCUGAGGACACCAUUCAGAGCAGAGCAUUAGCAGAAGUUCACCAUGCUUUGGGGAUUAAAAUUUUUAGAUCCAAAUUAUAGCGAAUGUUAAAAAUUUUUGAAAUGUUCUGUAAUUCCCAGAGUCUUCCAUAAAUAACCAAAUGGUCUCAUACACGUACAGUAGGAUCUUGUUAUAAGGCUAGUAUUUGAUAUGUGACUGAUGAGGAAAUAUUUUAUGGUCUCCACCCCUCAGAACACCCAAAGAAGGCAUUUGUUUUUGAGAAGGGGGGUAUUCUCAUGGAAUGAGACCAUGUAGGAGUUGAAUUGAUUGGUUGAACAAAUUAUCAGGUAACAAUAUUUUUCCAGGAAAGUUGAGGAGAAUAGUUUCAUAAAAGAGAAAUGGGCCGGGUGCAGUGGCUCACGCCUGUAAUCCCAGCACUUUGGGAGGCCGAGACGGGCAGAUCACAAGGUCAGGAGAUCAAGACCAUCGUGCCUAACACAGUGAAACCGUGACUGUACUAAAAAUACAAAAAAUUAGCCGGGCGUCGUGGCGGGCGCCUGUAGUCCCAGCUACUCAGGAGGCUGAGGCAGGAGAAUGGUGUGAACCUGGGAGGCAGAGCUUGCAGUGAGCCGAGAUCGUGCCACUGCACUCCAGCCUGGGCGACAGCAAGACUCCGUCUCAGAAAAAAAAAAAAAAGAAUGGAGAAGUAGUUUUAUUAAUUGCUUUACCUUAUCUGUAGGGUUGGAUCAAAGAAUGAUAAUGACUCACUUGAUUUCUAAUUUCAAUGAAGAGAACACAGAACAGGGCCCAAGGGGCCUGGCUUCAAGCCUUGACUCCUUCUAGCCCUGCACUCUGUCACUUAACAUAGGCCUUGUUUAUCUCGCCUCCUGAUCUGUGAUUCUAGAAAUGAAAAUGAGAUGAUUUCCAAAUUGGGAAUCCAUAAGUUUUAAAAGUUUGUGCAAAAUGUCUGCUAGAAAUUAGUACAAGUGACAGCACAGUCUUCAUUUCAAAUGAGAAGUGAAACCAAAAUGAUAAAUAGCUUUAAGAAUGUGCUAAUGAUAAAUGAUUACAUGUCAAUUUAGUGUACUUAAUGUUUAAUACCUUAUUUGAAUAAUUACCUGAAGAAUAUAUUUUUUAGUACUGCAUUUCAUUGACUCUAAGUUGCACUUUUUGCCCCCAUACUGUUAACAUACCUGAAAUCAGGACAUGUCUUACAAUCAGUGAACAUUUAACAUUGUGACAAAGUUUAAUUGACAGUUUUUUCCCAUAUGUAUAUAUAAAAUAAUGUGUUUUACAAUUAGUGGCUUAGAUUCAGUGAAAUACAGUAAUUCAUUCAAUUAUGCUAUCUUUACAGACAUUUUAAAAAUAAGUUAUUUUUAUAUGCUAAUAUUCCAUGUUCAGAUGGAAUUUGGAGAUACUAUGUUCUAAUUUCAAGAGCUGUUUCAGUGUUACUAGAUUAGUAGUAGGGUUGUAGAUGGGGUCUUUUGAGGUCCUCUACCUGAGCCUACCUCAGUAACAGAGGCUGGGUCUGAGCCUUGCUCAGGAUUAGCUCUUCACCAGGUCUGUGUGGUAAUCAUAUCAUAGUUACUGUCAAGUCACGCUGCAAGUGUAGUUUACAGUGAGGCACAGUCUUUUCCAGUGAUUGGAAUACUUGUGUCACCGAUCCAGGGUUUCUCUUUCCUUAGUCUGAAAUACCUGGGAAAUCAAUUAGAAGGUGACUGGGUGGCCUAGGAGUCAAGGAUCAGAAAGGGUACUUCAUAUGUAUAUGGCAGAAUUGGUGCAGGUGAUCGUUUGAAAAAUGACUAGAAUUGAUGAAAUUUUGUUUACUUCCUCCAAUUUUAUGCUGAAUAACAUCUCACUUCUACCUGAUUGGAGUAGGCUUGCUUUCUCUUAAUUUCUAUAAAUUUGCCGUUGUUUUGUCUCAAGUAAAA